AGUGUAUAUCGUGAAUUAAUAGUAAUUUAGUUGUAAAUCUGUCAAGUAAUUGCUUUUGAACUUCAAAUAUCAGCAAGAGACGAGAAUGCAUUUAGACAAUUUGAUAGAAGAUAUAGGAUCUUUUGGAAAGUUCCAGCUAAUAAUGUUGGUUGUGGUCAUGACGCCUAAAUUAGGUAUUGGAUAUAAUAUGAUGAUAAUGGCGUACGGUAGUUUAAUUCCUGAUUGGUGGUGUAUUAAACAAGGGGAGACAAUCUUUAAUAUGACGAACUCAUCUUACCAACACUGUGAGGCUUCUCCAGAGAGCAGCAACUCUUCCUGUCAACGUGUUUACGAUCCUACUAUUUCAACAGUUGUUAGUGAAUGGGAUUUAGUUUGUGAAAGGAAAUGGAUUACACCAUCAAUAUCUUCGAUCCAGAUGGGUGGUGUUUUACUUGGUGCUUUAAUUGGAGGACAGUGUGCUGAAACGUUUGGUAGAAAAAAAACAUACUACACAACCCUGGCAAGCCAAGCAGCUCUUACCAUUCUUAUUAUAUUUUCGGACUCUUGGUAUAUAUACGCUUUUAUGAGAUUCUUAAUUGGUGUGAGUCUCGGAUCCUAUUUAGUUGUUUGUGUCUUUCUGGUGGAAUUCAUUAAUUAUAAGUACAGACCAGUAUUAACUGCAGUACCCUUCUGGGCAACUGGUGUUUGCUUCCUAUCACUCUCUACUUGGUUGUUGCGGAGUUGGCAGUAUGUACAUGUUGCUGUUGGUGUUUUCACACUACCAUUCUUAUUAGGUUGGUUUAUUGUUCCAGAGAGUGUGAGAUGGCUUGCAGUGAAGGGGAGAAUCAAGGAGGCUGAGGAGGUGGUAGAACGUAUAGCCAAAUGGAACGGACGUGCCAAACCCCCGAAUGCAACGAGUGUCCUCCAGGCAGUAAUGGAAGAAGAACAACAAAGGACAAAGGGUGGAAAACAAUAUACAUAUUUAGAUUUGUACAGAUUUUCUUUCGCCAAACACACUAUUAUAGUACAUAUAGUAUGGUGGUGUAUAUCAACAUCAUAUUAUGGGUUUUCGUUUGGUGUUGGAAAAUUCACUGGAGACUUUUACCUCAACCAAUUUUUUAUGUAUAUACUAGAAUUUCCGCUUUUUCUACCAACAAUUAUAUUAAUGAAUAAAUAUGGCCGCCGUAUAUUAACAAUAGUAAAUUUUGUAGCUGGGGCAGCUUGUUGUGUUUUAGUUGUUAUCAUACAAAAUACAGUAUUUUCCAACACAGGGGGUACAGUUAUUACCGUAUUAUCUCUUGCAUGUAAAUUAUUUGCUAGUCAGGCCUGGGCAGCAUUAAUAGUUUUAACCAAUGAAAGUUAUCCAACUGUAGUGAGAAAUCUUGGUUAUGGAGCAGCAAAUACUGCAGCACGAAUUGGUGGAAUAGCAGCACCUUUUAUAUUCUCUUUGACUGAUAAUAAAAUGAUUCCAUAUAUUGUAACAGCGUUUCUACUGGGAGGAAGUGGUGUUAUGACAUUUUUCUGGUUACCCGAAACACUGGGUACUGCACUAGAAGAUAUCAUUGGAGAGAAGAAAAUUCAGGAAACCAAAAUUAAUACUGAAAUAGACGAUAAAAACGACACCGUUUCGUCUUUAGUGAACGAUAAAACGGACACCAGAGUGUAAUUUCGUAGUUUGCCUACUAUACUCGAAUAUUCGAUUAACGUUCCAUUAUUACCAUCAAGCCACUGAAGGGCAAGCCUUUACGACUGCCAAAAUUACUUGUAGUCGAUUGCGAAACCAAGCUCAUAAUCUUUUGUCCUGUUAUAUAAAAAUUUGAAUUAAGCAUCAAAUAAUGCAACAACGAAAAUAUUAUGAAUUAAGUUUCCAGAGUUAUUACGGUACUGUUGAAAAUCUACAAUCUACAGUCUAUGAAUUGCUUAGUUCUCGUAGAACAAUAAGUGCCUUAAUCUUUUUCGUUAUCAAAUUUGAUUACAAUUUCGUUUCGUUAUUUUUGGUGGGUUUCCAUUAGGUAGGUAGAUGACAAGUUAACGUUCGCUUCAAACGGAUGCUGAUAUGGCAAACUAGGUAGUUGUUGGUAGUCGUAGUUUGGAAUGAUUCAAAUUGAUUGAUUCAAUAAAGAUAGGUGGGAAAUG